CAGCGGUCAAGUGGGCACAAGUGACCUCCACUUGCCAGUAACUGCCCGGGCACUGAGGGUGGCGGUUGGCGUGGUCCUGGUGCGCGUUGCUUACUCUGCGUUUUCGCGACCAGCUUGCAUUCUACAUUCACAAGUGUAUUUUCAUCACUUUUGGGAUUAUUUUACCCAUAUUUCGCAUCCUCUAAACGCGCACAUCAUACACACAUUUGCAGUUGCGUUGAUCGUGAAGCGUGGGAGGUGAACAAUAUUAUGAACACCCGGAGAUAAUGAACAGCCUAGGAUUAUGGAUGGUCGCCUUCCUUAUAGCAGGAACGGCGUUGUCCAGCGCGCAAGCAGCAUGUACCGAGAGCGAGUUCACGUGCGUGUCCGACCAAGAGUGCAUCAGCCUGGACUGGGUGUGUGACGACUUCCCCGACUGCAACGACAGAAGCGACGAGGAACCCGAGAUUGACUGCUCGACUUUUGAUCCAGGGGCCGCUAGCAGUUCUGCCGGCAGCAGCAGCAGCAGCAGUAGCAGUGGCGGCAGUAGCUUCAACACCAACACUGACGAUGACGAUGAUGCUUCUAGCCCCGUCGAAGAAACUCCUGAUGCUCCGGAAGCCUCCAGUGGGCUCUCCCAAGAAGACACGAGUGAAGAAGAAGAGGAACCUGAGAUCCUUCCAGAGAAAUGUUCUCUCAGCAAAUGUCGAAGUCGAGGCAAGAUGAAGUUCCUGGACGGCAGGACCUACCACUACAAAUACCAGACGCAAACCACAACUCAAGUGGUAGGUUCCUCGCCCAAGAACACGACCAUAUCGAUGGAGGCGGCGCUCGCCCUCAACGUUCUCACCGCCUGCGAAAUGGAGCUUGUU